AUGCCUCCUCCAUUACGUUGGGGCUCGAUGCCGCGAUGCAGGCUAGGACUGCAAGGCGCAAAUGCAAACUGUCGGGGCACGCGGUUCCAAUCGACUGCCGGCAGUAGGGCGCAGCUACGUAAAACAGUACCAAAACAGCCGGUCUCUGGAUUUUGUGUUGCUGGAUCGUCCGGUCGCCGCCAAUGUAUACCGGCACUUCUGCCGGGCCACGGGAUGUCGGUUGACGCCGGUAGGAAUCCGCACAACUGCCGCGCCUUCUCAUAUUCGUCCUCGUCCUCAUAUUCCGUCAAAAAUGACACCAAGUCCAAAUCAGGACCUGGUGGACAGCGGCAGUUGCAGACCAUCCCCAAAGAGGACACCAAUGGCAGGUGGUAUUUUCAGUUCAGGGAGCGGAUAGGCAAAUGCAUCAUCUUUGGCCUGUCGGAGAGCCAGCUCGCACGCGCCGUCGACUUGGUUGCCGCAAUGUCGGCCGAGUGGGAGAAGCUGGUCUUGGACAUGGAGGAAUACCCUACCGACCAUGACGGGUUGCGCAACCAUACUGUGCCGUGGGGUGAUAUGGACAGUUUCAGGCUGGAGGACAUAUUUUGCUCACAUCUGGGGAGGUAUCUCCCGGCGCAGGGUCACGUCAACAACGUUCGCUACUCUCGCUAUGCAGAAACGUCGCGGGUCAACUGGAUCACAGGCUUUGCGCGCAGGGAUCCUUCCAAUGCUGAGGAAUGGAGAGGUCUGAUGACUAAACAGUCCAUCGGGCUGAUCAUGGCCGAGAUAUCCAUUAGAUUCCUGUCUCCCGUCGUCUACCCAGACAUACUCAAUGCCUACCACAAGGUCAUCAAGCUCCCCGACGGACCAGGCGAAGGGGAUGCGGCAACGCGAAGCUCCAUGGCUCUCGGCUGUGUCAUCAUGUCCAAGAAGCAGAGGCGUAUCGUCGCCACCGUCACGGAGAAGGUGCUAUUCUACGACUACCGCACCGAAAAGAAGACGGACGCCCCAGAGUUUGCCCUCAAGGUUCUGCGGCGCUCUUGCUCCGACGCCGCGGGCGCAAAGGCCAAGGCUGCCGUCAGGAUCCAGCAGUUCAGGGAGGCGGUCGAGAGGCUGGAGGCCGAGUCCUGGAAGCGCGAGAACGCGGUCGAGGACCUGGGUUCGGCUGCGGGCGGGAGGUGA